AUGGGACGCCGGCCUACAUGGCACCAGAAGUCUGCAAAAGGAUGGGCAAGUAUGCAGCAAAAGCUGACGUUUGGUCCAUCGGCGUUCUCACCUACGAGCUUCUCACGGGCAGUUUACCCUUUGGCGACCAGUCAACAAGAAAGGCUUUGA